GCUGUGGAUAGCUCAGAGCUGAUAAGAAAAGACCAAAAUCAAAUUAUCUUGCGUCCACUUUCAGAGCUUGUUCGAAUUAUAGAGUACAGGCGUUUCCCUAAUUGGCUGGAAAGGCCAUUUGCUACCAUCGAGCUUUUAAAAUCAGAUGAUGGCUUCUCUCUCAUCUCCAUCCUCUCCCAGGCAGAAGUUAUCUAUCGCAUUAGCGAGGACUCCAAUUAGAAUUCCUGCGGCUAUCCACUUACUUAAGUUGUGCCGCAACUUACAGGAAGUAAAACAAAUACAUGCCCGGUUGGUUGUGUCCGGAUUCCUUGAACUCCCUUCGAGUGCUGGGAGGCUACUCGAGUCAUAUGUUACAGUGUCACAGCUCAAAUUUGCCAUUUCACUCUUUCAGAGACUACCUUCUCCUGAUGUAUUUGCAUACAACACCAUGAUCAGAGGCCUAACACUGGGUAAGUCUCCACAUGAUUCCAUCUUACUGUAUAAUGAGCUGUUGCUACAUGGCAUAGCCCCGGACAAUUACACUUACACCUUUGUCCUCAAAGCAUGUUCCCAUUUGGAAGCGCUCUCUGAAGGUAAACAAGUGCACGGCCAGAUAAUUAAAUCUGGAAUAGCGCCCAAUACGCACGUUCAUAGCAUUCUGAUACAUAUGUACAUGAUUUCAGAUAGCAUUGUUUGUGCAGAACGAGUUCUUGCACAAUUCUCAGAAGAGAACACACAUGCUAAGAAUUCUUUAGUCUCUGGGUAUCUAAGUCAAGGCCAUGUAGAAAAGGCUAGAAUACUGUUUGAAACCAUAGAGACAAAAGAUGUAGCAUCUUGGAGUGCUAUGGUCACAGGAUACACGAAGAACGGCAUGUAUUCGGAGGCAUUAGUUGUCUUUCGGGACAUGAUGGUUUCCCAAGUCCAUCCAAAUGAAUCAACAUUCGUGAGCUCGUUGUGUGCCUGUGCUUAUUCGGGGGCAUUGGACCAGGGAAGAUGGAUCCAUGCAUAUCUUGAUAAAGCAGGGAUUAAGAUUAGUGUUACUCUAGGUACUGCUCUUAUCGACAUGUAUGCCAAGUGUGGCAGCAUAAAAUGUGGCUAUGAUAUCUUCCGAAGUAUGCCUCAGAGAGAUAUAGUAACAUGGGGAGUAAUUAUAUCUGGAUUCGCCAUGCAUGGUGAAGCUAAAAUAUGUUUUCAACUAUUUGAUGAGAUGGUUGCUAGCGGAACAUAUCCAAACGAAGUGAUAUUUGUGGCUAUAUUAUCUGCUUGCUCCCAUGCGGGAUAUGUUGAACUUGGACAUCAUUAUUUCUAUAAAAUGAUUCAUGAUUUUGGGAUCAGACCAACAAUUGAGCAUUACGGAUGCAUGGUGGACUUGCUUGGCCGUGCAGGGCAGUUGUCAGAGGUAGAAGAGUUGAUUGCGUCAAUGCCAGAAGCGCCUAAUUCGAUUAUAUGGGGAGCGUUUCUCAGCGGUUGUAGGACCUAUGCUGACGUGAGGAGAGGAAGUUAUGCAUUCAGAUGCCUUACUGAUCUUGAGCCAAUGUCAGGAGACGGGUAUAAACUUGCAGGGCUCAUGUUGGCCAGCGCCGGUGAAAAAGCUGAUGCAACUAAAAUUAGGGGAUUCAUCAAGCAAAAUGACUUGGAAACAACAUGUGGAACUAGCCUUGUUGAAAUAGAUGGUGUCGUCCAUGAGUUCACUGUAGGGGAUGUAGAUCGUAGAAAGCUCAGAGAGAUCUAUGGAUUAUGGAAUGGCUUUUGAGGAUGACAUACAUAUAUAAUAUACACAUAAGGGACUCGGAGGUCAAACCGGUACCCCAUCAAACAGUGAAUUGUAGGAAAACUAAGGAACAACUCGUUUAAGAAAUCGAAACACGAAACAAAACCAGAAAUAAAAUUACUCAUCGUGGAUUGACCAGCAUGCAUGGCAAUGGCCUCCCUCUUAUCUCUCUCUGGUCUCUCACUCUAUGCGCACGGGCGUGCGCAUGUGCUCGUGGAGGGCUAAGCAGGAGUGUUGCCUUUUCAAUCUUGUGAUGAGAAGAUUGCAAAAGCAAAGUCACGAGUGUAUUCAUUUCAAGUCAAAUAUAAAAAAUGUG